GCGCGGUGAGCGCGGCGGACGCGAUUGUGUAGCUGUGCUUGGCGGGGUGCUCGAAGAGAGCUGCGCAGCGCUUCUGGGCGCCUGGCGCGCCAGGGAAUUUGAAGCGUCUUGCAAGAAGAACUGCUGCGGAUUACCCCUGCCGGGGACUCAUUUCGCCACCUCCAUGGCUUGGAAAGCUGGAAUACGGGGGGCAUAGCUGUGGAAGGCAUGCCCCAAACACUGAGCUCUACCAGCAUGUUCACUCCCUGCGGCUUCAGCCCUCAUAAUCUCCAUCCAUCCAAAGAAGAUGAUGAAGGAGGGCUGAUCUUUCAAGAUGGAAACCUGACCUCAGCCUCUCUUGAUGCUUUGAUCCAGCAUCUUAUACCUACAGCUGAGUAUUACCCUGAGAAAGCCUAUAUCUUUACAUUCCUGCUGAGCUCACGACUCUUCAUUGAACCUCACGAACUUCUCUCGCGCGUUUGCCACAAGUGCAUUGAGCAGCAGCAGCUGGAUGACCCAGUGCUGGAUAAGGCACGGAUCAGAAAAUUUGGACCCAAAAUUCUACAGUUAUUGACAGAAUGGACAGAAACAUUUCCAUAUGACUUUCAAGAGGAGAGAAUGAUUGGCUGUUUGAAAGAUAUUAUCCACCGGAUAGCUCCAUGUGAUGAGGCUUACUGGAAAAAAAUGAACCAGCUUCUACAAACUCUGAACCAGAAACUUGCCACUCUAAACCAUGGGAAAGAAGGGGUUGUCAAGAUCAAAGCAGCUGUCUCAGACAAAGUGGUUGCUUUUAAAAGUAAACCUCCAUCCAUUCAAAGAGAAAUGUUAAGUGUCUGCAGUGAUCCCUACACCUUGGCCCAGCAAUUGACACAUGUGGAACUAGAAAGACUGAGUCACAUUGGCCCUGAAGAAUUUGUUCAAGCAUUUGUCCAUAAGGAUCCUUUGGAAAGCACAAAGCCUUGUUUCAGUGAACAGAAGAAGACUAGUAACCUUGAGGCCUAUGUAAAAUGGUUCAAUAGACUGUGCUAUCUUGUAGCAACGGAAAUUUGCAUGCCUGCAAAAAAGAAGCAACGAGCACAAGUGAUCGAGUUCUUCAUUGAUGUUGCUCGAGAGUGCUUUAACAUAGGGAACUUUAAUUCAUUGAUGGCAAUCAUAUCUGGUAUGAACAUGAGUCCAGUCUCCAGAUUGAAGAAGACUUGGUCAAAAGUCAAAACAGCCAAAUUUUUUAUUCUUGAGCAUCAGAUGGACCCAACUGGUAACUUUUAUAACUACAGAACUGCAUUGCGUGGAGCUGCCCAUCGGUCUUUGACAGCACACAGCAACAGAGAAAAGAUUGUGAUCCCGUUCUUCAGCCUGCUGAUCAAAGACAUUUAUUUUUUGAAUGAAGGAUGCGCUAACCGCCUUCCAAAUGGACAUGUCAACUUUGAAAAAUUCCUGGAACUGGCUAAACAAGUAGGAGAAUUUAUAACAUGGAAACAAGUAGAAUGUCCAUUUGAACGAGAUGAUAAUAUCAUCCACUAUUUACAUACAGCACCCAUCUUUACUGAGGAUGGUUUGUAUCUGGCUUCCUAUGAAAGCGAAAGUCCAGAAAAUCAAACUGAAAAAGAAAGGUGGAAAACACUGAGGUCUACUAUCUUAGGAAAGACUUGAAGAUAAAGAUCUAUGACUGCAGUAGGAUAAAAUAAAUCAGCAAAACUACUUUGCACUACUGAUUCCAAAGAUGCCUAUUUGGAAUUUAGGAGAUUUUAUUCUUUAUUUUUGGGUGUAUUUUUGGACUGUGUGGUUAAAGAGGAUUAAUCCACCAGACUUAACAGAUGAGGGUUUUUUAAAAAACUGCACGCACAAUGAUGUUUUCUAGCAACUCUCAACAGCAAAAGCCUGGAAGGCAGCUGGACCAGAACCAAGUCCUAAUCACUGUAUAGCUUUGUCUCUGAAGAAAGAGCAAAGGAUGGGAGCUGUGAUGCUGCAAACACAAAACAAUCUCCAUUGGAAAGGUACAGGGUGUGUAUCUCUGAAGCAGGGUGUAUUGGACAGUGCUACUCCGGCAGCUGUCAAAAGAGAGGUCUACCAAACACAGCAUUAUUCUGGUUACUUUCUGCACAAGAAGGGACCAUUUUCCCUCCUCAGAAUUCAGUAUUAUUGAACAGUAUUCUGACAGCAGGAGAAAAGACUUGUACAAAACCACAUCCAUGUAGAAAAUUCAUGGAAACCCCACCCAUUUUUUAAAAUACACAGAAUGAUUUAAGUAGUGAACAUCUGUAAUUUCUCCUGUAAUUUUUCCUUAGCACUAUAUAAUAUUGGCAACUCCUAAGCUGUUCUGAUGAAGUAAAUGGCUCUGAAUUUGACUUACCUCUGAAUGAAGCAUGUAGCAUAUUCUCUAGUUAUGUUGACUGAUAGUCAAGAGCAAGAGGCCUUACCUCAUUGACAGUUGAUGGAAGAUGAACCCAUUAAGGGCUCUAACAGGUUAAAGUGAUGGUUUUCUUUCAUCUACUCAUUUUAUCUUCAAGUCUGGUAAAGAAUACUUGACGGGAAUGAUUAGGAUUCUAGAGAUCUUAUUUCUAGUGCAUUAGAGAUGAACAUUUUCACUCUUUGAACAUGGCACUGUGGAAGAAGAAUAGUCAACACACUGUUCCCAAGAUGGGUGUCUCAUUUUAUAAUUUCCUCUUUUUAUGUACUGAAUCCAUGCUCACUGCUUUCCAACUCUGGGGACAGUAAGCCAUCUAUUAUGUCUUGUUGUGGUGUUGCAUAAAAUAAAUCGUAAGUAUUAA